AUAUCCAUCCAACAGGCAAGUCCAAGAGCGGCAAGUGGCUCACUUUUGGCGGUGUCCAAAAUAUUUAUGUUUCUCCAACUGCAAAUUUCACAAUAAAUGCAAUUCGUGCUUCUUAAUAUCACACACACCUUCACAUAUUUUUAAUAAAACGUUAAAUCACACUCGCAGGGACUGGAAUUGUCUGGAGCACUUUUAAAGGUUAUUUCCGACGACAUCAUAUCGCAUAAAAUGGCCGCACAAGAAGAAAGCUUUCUCAAACUAGUUACUCAGGUGGUGAACGACAAAAACAACCAAUUUAAACCCGCAGGAGGGGAUGUUACUCUUAAAGAUUUUGACACCAUGGACGGUAACUUCUUUACGAACAUUGUCGCUUCAAUCCUUACUAUGAUUGACCCAACCUUCAAUGAGCGGCCAAUUGAUUCAUCAGCUCGUCUGCACAAGUUUGAAGAUUUUGGCUUUUCGACUACUUAUGAUGCAACUCAUGAAACAGUGUUCCGAGCAGCUCGCAAAUUCUUUCCUCCGGGUAACGAGACAUUGGAUUUGAGCAUAUUUUUUAUGCCACAAAAUGAUAUAAAGAGAGCUAAACAAGUGAUAAUAUUCUUAACGGGAUAUUUCAUUUUGUCGGAUCAGAUUCAUGAAAAGUUUGAGGCAGAGUGGGAACGCCUGAAUAGUGAAAAUCAGGACAAGAGUCGUCUCUAUGAAGAAAUUGAAAUCUUAAGAAAUACGAUUGCAGAACAUGUUGUUCGGCUGCAGUCCAACAAGGACAAAAAACCUGAGCUGGAUGCAAAGUUGAAAGAUUUGGAAAAUAAUUUGAUGCUAGAGAGUAACCAAUUCUCAACUACAGAAGAAGUCUGUAUUGCUGCAAAAAAGAAGUAUGAUGAGCAUGCCAUUGUUAAUAAGCGACUCGAGGUGGAAUUGAGCAGCUUAACUACUGAAAAGAUUGGCUUGGAGGAGCUCAUUGUAACUUCACCGCAAAAACUUGAGCAAAUGUGCAAGGCUGAAAUGCAAGCGGUGGCAGACAAUGCAAAGGAACGGGAUAUCAUGGGAGCCGAGUUAAAAGAACUUGAGAACAGUGAGCAAUUUAUUUCUAAAGUAAUUGAACGUGCUGCAGAGACCGUUGAAAAGUUUGAAGAAAUGGUCAGUGAUCUACGACUUGCAAAUGAGAAAGUCAGCGCUCUUAAAGAACUUCGUCAGGAAGAGAGGGAUAAAAAUGCAGAUAUUGCUGAACUAAAGAAAGUUAUGGAUCAGUUAAACAUUGAACAAGAUCAACUUCAAAUUGAGAUUAACAAUAGAACAGACUUUUACGAAAAUGAAUGCUCAAGGUUAAACCAGGCUCUCAAUAAUUGGAGUUUGAAGGCUGAGCAGUGGCAGUUUAAAUCGGAUGAAAUAAUUUCGAAACUUGAUGAAAUUGAUAAUGAAAUCAGCGUAACUAAAUUCAAGACACAAGAAAAAAUUAUGGAGAUACACCGGAUAGAGUCGGCUGUCAAUGAAGAUAUUCGUGUCUAUGAGAACCUUGUGGUGGAACAAGGGACGAGAAUCUUAAAUUUAUUAAAAGAGUAUGCAAACUCAGAAUAAGAUAUUCUUACGGUCAAUGGGGCUGAAAAAACCAAAGACACGUUAAGUAGCCUGAAUAAAAAAUGGUAUUUUGCCAAGUCUUUGGGAGGACAAAGUAUUGUAUUAUGCAAUUAAAAACAAAAUACUUUUAUCUAUGCAGAUCUGUAAAUAGAGGUCAAUACGCCAAAUAUUUAUAAGUUGAAAUGUCUACCUGAGAUGACUAAAUGGAGUAAAUUAAAAUUGGAAUACUAUUUGUCAUUAAAAACAAAGACGAUUACAAAA